CUCUGCGGCUGAGGCCUAGCCAGGGCUGCGCGCGCAGAGGCGCCUGGCCCUUUCGCUGCUACGGAGGCGAGGCGGCGAGAGGAGGCCGCGGCGGCGAGAGCUGAUCUUUUGCAUUUCGUUAAGUGGAAAGAGACUUGUGGCUUCUGAGUUGUGCCAUAGGAGAGCCUCUUUCAAGUAAGGCGUGGAGGAAGGAGUUGUGAGAGAUGUCGAAAACAAAUAAAUCCAAAUCUGGGUCCCGUUCCUCUCGUUCGAGAUCUGGGUCCCGCUCUCGCUCCCGGUCUUUUUCAAAGUCCCGGUCCAGGUCUCGGUCCGUUUCACGGUCGAGGAAACGGAGGCUAAGUUCCCGGUCCCGUUCGCGGUCAUAUUCCCCAUCACACAACCGGGAGAGGAGCCACCAACGGGUCUAUCAGAACCGCGAUUUCCGGGGCCACAACCGUGGAUACCGCAGGCCCUACUAUUUCCGUGGGAGGAACCGCGGCUUCUACCCAUGGGGCCAGUAUAACCGAGGCGGCUAUGGGAAUUACCGCUCCAACUGGCAGAACUACCGCCAGGCCUACAGCCCCCGCCGGGGCCGCUCACGUUCCCGAUCACCCAAGCGGCGCUCUCCAUCCCCGAGGUCCAGGAGCCGCUCCAGGAAUUCCGACAAGUCUUCUUCUGACCGGUCGAGGCGGUCUUCCUCCUCGCGCUCCUCCUCGAACCACAGCCGAGGCGACUCCUCCAAGCGUCGCUCCCUGAAGGAGAAGAAGGCCUCUUCCAAGGAGGGCCGGGCCUCUCAGGGUGGCGGUGACAACCAGGAAGAUGACGGCAAGGAGCAGCCUUUCUCUGGGGGAGCGGCCCAGGAUGCGAAAUCCUCAGAGGCAUCUAAGGCCUGGCAGGAGGUGGGCACCUAUGGCACGGGUUCGGUCACAAGGGAGCUUAGCCCGAAGGAGCGCAGCCCGGCCCUGAAGAGCCCCCUGCAGUCGGUGGUGGUCCGGCGCCGCUCCCCCCGGCCCAACCCUCUCCAGAAGCCCAGCCCCACUACUUCCAACCCGCCACUGGGUUCCGGCCUGCAGAGCAGCGGCUUUCAGGGAGGCUCUCACCCCUUUGAGCAUGGUCUUGGAGGUCUGAGCCCCACGAGGAAGAGCCCCAUGAGCAAAAGCCCCACAAUCAUCAGCUCCAUUUAUGGAAGCUCUCAGAAGGAGGAAAUGGGGGCCGCCUUCUCCAAGAGAUACUUAGAAGAGCAAAAGAACGAGAAUGGGAAAGAUAAGGAGCAGAAACUGGCCAAUGUGGAAAAGGAAAAAAUGAAAGAGAAGGGAGGUUUCUCAGAGAUGGGAUUAUCGGACAGCAAAGGGAAACUGGAUCCAUACACUUCCAAAGCCGACGCGGAAAAGAUGUACCGUGGAAGCCAGUCCCCCAAACGUUAUAAGCUGCGGGAGGACUUUGAGAAGAAGAUGGCCGAGUUCCACAAGGAGCACUAUGGCAAGGAGGAGGCGGAUGAGAUGGAGAAAAAGGCCAAGGGCAAAGGGCGAAAGGAGGCCAGUUUCGAGGAGGAUGAGGACGAGGAUGAGCCGCCCCGGUUCCUCUCCAAGACAGUGUCAACUUCCAGCAAGAGCCAGGAGGAAGAGCGGGGAGGGAAGUGGGAAGGCCUGGUCUUCCUGCCUCCUACCAAAGAGAAGCAGCGGAAGACGGAGGAAGCAGAGGAGGAGCCCUACGGGGAGUCCUCCAAGAAGGAGGAGCGGCAGGCAGGCAAGAGGGCGGAUCCUGGGCAUAGGGGAUUCAUCCCCGAGAAGAACUUCCGGGUCACGACCUACAAAGCGGGCCAAGAGAAAAGCAACACCUCCCCUCCUCCAAGAAAGGCCUCCACCGAAGGCAGGGAGAAGCCUGGCACUAGGGGAGAGGGUCUGGCCUCAGGGAAGUCCUCUUUCUCCAUCACCCGUGAGACCCAGGUCAACCUCCGCAUGGAUUCCUUCGAUGAGGAUCUUGCUCGCCCCAGUGGGAUCUUGGCCCAGGAACGCAAACUGAGCCGCGACCUAGUGCAUAGCAGCAAGAAAGAGCAGGAGUUCCGUUCCAUUUUCCAUCACAUCCAGUCGGCCCAGUCUCAGCGGAGCCCCUCUGAGCUGUUUGCACAGCACAUCGUGACCAUUGUCCACCAUGUCAAAGAGCAUCACUUUGGCUCAUCGGGAAUGACGUUGAAUGAACGUUUUACAAAAUACCUAAAGCGAGCAGAGCAGGAGUCAGCUAAGAACAAAAGCCCUGAAAUCCACAGGAGGAUAGACAUUUCCCCGAGUUCUUUUAGAAAACAUGGAUUCUCUCAAGAGGAGACCAAAAGUUCCAAAGAGCCCAGCUACAAGGCUGAAAGCAAAUAUAAGGAUGACCCGGUUGACCUCCGCCUUGAUAUUGAGCGGCGCAAAAAACAUAAGGAGAAGGACAGGCGGGGCAAGUCCAGGGAAUCGGUGGACUCCAGGCCCUCGAGCCAUUCGCGGGAGCGGUCAGCGGAGAAGGCGGAAAGGUCUCACAAAGGGUCCAAAAAGAAGAAGCACCGCCGUGUCCGGGAGCGCUCUCGAUCCAGCUCUUCCUCCUCUCGGUCCUCACGUUCCUACAAGGCGGAGGAGUACCCCGAGGAGGCCGAAGAGCGAGAGGAGCCUGCUCCACCCGGUUUUGACAAGUCCCGCCUCGGCACCAAGGAGUUUGCUGGCCCCAGCGAUAGGGGCAGAGCCCGGGGGACCUUCCAGUUCCGGGCCAGGGGCCGUGGCUGGGGAAGAGGCACCUUUUCCGGCAACAGCAACAACAACAACAGCAGCAGUGGUGGUGGAGUUGGUGGUGGCAGUGGUGGAGUUGGCGGCAGCAGCAGUGGGGUUGGAGGCGGUGUGAGCACCGACUUCCAGAAGCGGCCCCGAGAGGAGGAGUGGGACCCCGAGUACACACCCAAGAGCAAGAAAUACUACUUGCAUGACGACCGCGAGGGCGAAGGCGGGGAGAAGUGGGGCAGCCGGGGCAGGGGCCGGGGCAUCUUCCCCCGCGGACGGGGCCGCUUCCUCUACCGGAAGUCCAAUGCCAGCCCCAAAUGGGCCCACGACAAGUUCAGCGGCGAGGAAGGCGAGAUCGAGGACGACGAGAGCGGGGCCGAGACCCGGGAGGAGAAGGAGCCCCUGCCAACGGUAGCUGAGUAGCAAAAAGGAGGAGGAGAUGUUCCUGUCAAUCUGGACUGUCGUUGAUCCUUAUUGGCUAGUUGGAUGUUUUGUUUUACAGAUUCUCUGGGUUUAUUUCCCCCCCCCCCCCCUCAAUGACCCCAGAGGAUGGUGGAGUGAGUCGUGCCCCAUUACUCCUCUUGGCAAUCAUUUUUUGAUUUCUUUCUUUCUUUUUUAAUGAUUAUGGAGUCGGGGAGCUGUUUCCUCACUCUUUUGUGCCCCGUUGGUAGAUGUUUUUUAAAUCCCUUUAUUUUUAGCAUUUGCAUCUACUUAGGCCGUGCCCUCUGAAAAAUGGUUACUUUCAGAAACGCCUUCCUAGUUCUUAACGUGACACCAGAGCAAUGCAUGUGAAUCCUCAAGACCUGGGUCGAAACCAUUGGGACCAAAUCCAGGUGUUCUUAAGUUCAAGGAACUGUUCCUCUGACUUGAAUUCAGAGCCUUUUCUUUUAAUGGAACCGGCAUUUGUUUCUUUGUUUUCCUUUUGCGCUGGAAUUUUUAAAGUUUAGCAUGGCGCACCUGAGGGCCCUCUUCUUCUUCCUCUUCCUCUUGCCGGAUUCCCCCAAAAUGCAAAGCUGCUCUGGGCUGAUGUUCGGUCACCUCACUCUCUUGUUUCUUCCUUUUGCGUCCUCUUCUUGCCUCAACUUUGAGGGCCAUGUUGUUUUCUAAGAAACUUCUGAAUAUAUUAGUUUAAAAGAAAACCCCAAAAUAAAGCCUGUAGCAUGAAAAACAUGGGAUUCCCCCCAGUAUUUUUAUUAACGUUUUUAUAAAGCAAGAUUGACUCAUUUCUUGUGGGUGGCUGAUUGUUGUGGGUGGCGAGUUGUCUCUUCAGCUUUAGCAUAAUGAUCUGAAGGUGAUCCUGUGGUGUUGAUGACCAGUGAUGAAAAGCACCAUGGCUAUGUUGAGGGAUUGUUCCUCUUGAAAUAAGGUUUUUCUCUUUCACUUUACUCCACUUUCUCCUCCUUCCUGUACUAUCCCUAGAGCUCACUUUGUGCGAUUGGUGCACUUCUUGCUUAGCGCCCACAAGUUUUUGUUUUUGACUUCCUUCAAAUAAAACUAUGUUAAACCGA